GCACUCGACGCGAUCGCAACGUCGUCCCGAGCAGUCAGUCGUUCAAGUGUGUGAUUCCAAGUAGAUGCCGAGCCCCUUAUAUUUCUGUGACUGAAAUACUAAAAUACAUACAUGCAUAUACGAAUAUAUAUACUCGAAUUCGAGAACUAUAAAAGAUAACUACAUAUUGAUUGCAUAUAUUGGCGUGUGUGUCGUACAAGCUUUAUGUUGGCUCUGAAAAAAAAAUAGAUAAGAUUGGCAACACGCUAGCAACAAGAAGGCCGGCAAAGAAUAAACAAGACAAAAAAUAUUUCAAGAUCAUUGAAAGUGUUCAUAGUUAGCCACUUGCCUUGACAGUGUUUGCUCUGAUUUGCAUAUAAAGUUACAUUUCGUUCUUCUGUUAGUACAUACAUACAUCUCCUACAGACAAUGUCACAAAACAUUCAAUUGAAGAAUCCCCACCUGGAAGACUUGGCAUCCGAUUAUCUGUACCAUCUGGCCAUCAAUGUAGCAGACACCAAGAACACCAGUGAGAUUCAGAGGCAGUUUGGCGAUGUCAGGGUUAUCUGCACGGGUGGAACCGCUAUACGCAUGCUGGAACUGGCCAAAUAUCUGCGAAAGCAGUUGGGUGUGCAGGGCACUAGCGAUCCUGAGGAUAUAAGCGCUAAGGGACAUCGCUACGCGCUCUACAAGGUGGGACCUGUGAUCUGUGUCAGCCACGGUGUCGGCUCCUCCACCUUCAGUGUGGUGCUCCACGAGCUGCUGAAGCUGGUCCACUACGCCAAGUGCCACGAUCCGGUCUUCCUGCGCAUCGGCACCUGCGGCGGCAUCGGUGUACCACCCGGCACGGUUGUCGUUACGAAGGACGCCUUCAACGGCUUGCUCCGCAACGAACACGAGAUUGCAAUUCUCGGAGAGCGUGUGGUGCGACCCGCCCAGUUCACGGAGAGCGUGAUCAAGGAUAUUCUGGCAUAUGGUGCCAGGACCGAUGAUGGUUUCCAAAUCAUAAGUGGCAACACCAUGGGCACAGAUUGCUUCUACGAGGGUCAGGGUCGUACCGAUGGCGCCAUAUGCGAGUAUAGUGCCGAGGACAAGAUGAAAUUCUUGCACAAGUGUCAUGACCUGGGCAUACGCAACAUCGAGAUGGAGGCCAGCAUGUUCGCCUCGGUCACCCAAAAGAUUGGCGUGAAGGCUGGCGACAUCUGUGUGACCUUACUCAACCGUCUUGACGGCGAUCAGGUCAACGCCGAAAAGAAGGAAGAGUUUGAGCACCGUCCCUUCCUCGUUGUGGGUCGCUACAUUCAGGGACUCUUGAAGCAAUAAUGGGCCCGAUACUGUCUGCAUACCACAGUUUAAUACCUCAUAAAUAUGUCUCUUAAUAAAUGUGUCAGCUAAAUCU